UUAUAACUGGAUGAAAAAUUAAAAGUCAUUGCUGCCUUUUGAAACUGUGUAUGAACAUCCAACUUACUUUAUGAAAGCAUCUCAAAAUGACCCCGCAGAAAUUGCUUUGCAAUGACGCAGAAGCAGCACUAGCACAAUAAUUAUGGACGACGACCAAGACUCAUGGUACCUUUUGAAAACUGUGUAUGAACAUCCAACUUUACUUUAUGAAAGCAUCUCAAAAUUGCCGCACACAAAUUGGUAUGCAAUGACGCAGAAGAAGCACCAGCACAAUGAUCAUGGACGACGACCAAGACUGAUGGUACCUUUGGAUAGAAAAAAUCUACAAGAGGAGCCCACGGCUAUCCUUAGAGGUGUCUUGAGGGCUAAUUACCACACACAUUGCUGUACAAUGACCUAGAAGAAGCAUGGGGUGCGCCUUUUGAUGGAGAAAUUCUACAAGAGGAGCCCACUGCUUUUGUUAAAGAUAUCUAAGCGUGGACGAGGAGCAAGAUUUAUGGAACCUUUCGGUGGAAAAAUUCUACAAGAGGAGCCCACUGCAAUUAUUAAAGGUGUCAUUGCCAU